GUAAGGGUCGUUGUUGGCCGUCGCCAGUUGUCGCUGGCUGUUGCUGGAGUGUCGACCGCUCCUGUUGAACGGGCAAAGUGACGGUGGCUUGUAUGAAUAUAGUUGGUAGUCGAUCCGCGAAGGUGCUCUCAAAGUGGUGCGAUAGUCGUGUGUGGCCCAGUAUGAACAGGCAGAAGCUGUAGGUCGUUUCACGAAGAUACUUCGCGAAACGUUCAUCGCUAUUUUCAACGAACGAAAAACGAAUAUAUGCGUUGCAUUCUUUUUUUAACGACUAAGUUUAUUGAGAGGAACGUUUAACCGUGGAAAUCGCGAUAAAGAAUUAACCGGCACGCCUAACCGGCUCAUCGUCGAUUUGUAAAUAAAUGUGCUACGAAUCGAAAUCGACGAAGAAGCGUCAAUCGAGACAUCAGCAGCUCCUCUCAUCUCUCGACGAGGAUCUGACGUUUCUGUGCUCGAGAAUGGCAACCGCGAAAUGAGCGUGUCACCGAGCAACGAGCAACUAAGCCUCGAGAUGGAGAAGACGCCUCUCGAGGACAACAGUCUGAAAGUGUCGCCAGUGCAGAAUGUCGCGAGGCAGGACUCAGGCGUUCCGGAGGACCUCGCAUCCCCGUUGGUCGACGCUGAUAAGCUUCUGCACGAGGAGGAUCCAGACACGACGAUGAACAGCGAAUGCAACAUCACCGUGAUCCAUGUGACCGAGUCCUCCGAGGCGCCUAAGGCAGACGCGACUCUGAACAACGACAGGAAGGAUUACUCUGGCGAAGGGAAGGACAGUAAGGACGGAAGCGAUAGUGGCGUAGAGGGCUGCGCCACUGAGGUACCGAGGGUACGAAGUCGGAACAGUAUAGAUUACGCAAGCAGCUGUGGUGGCCUUGACGAGGCAUCCUGCGAUUCCAGUCUAGUUAGCUGUUGCUCCGUCUACGAGGACCCAUGUGCAACUUUACCGGACGACGUAAGAUUAACCACCGGAGGAGAAGGUACCAGCGAGGGAGGCAGCGAAAGUUCCUCCAUCGCAGGCAGUGUUUCUGCCCGUGCGAACCGAACGAACGUGAAAAGAACCAUAACGUCCUCAAACACCAAUAAAAAGAAAACAAACGCGACUGAGACUCAGAAAAACACCAGGGUGAAGCCAACUCCAUUAAACACUACCUAUUCAGCCACUACCGCACGUUCCAAGCCACGUACCACAACCCCCAGAGGUAUCUUGAGUAAAGCACAGCCGGCAACAAGGGACAGAGCUCGAUCUAGAGAAAAAUCAGCAGUUAGAGAAUGCAAUAAUGAUAGCACAGCAAGUGGUAGUCGAGUGUCGACGACAUUCCGUUCAGGAACGACCCCCAUGCCACCACGAACAAGAACGAGACCAAUUCCUGAUUCACUGCCAUCCGUACUCACUACGGUAAUCAAUAAGGACCUGGCGCAGCGUGGUCGAGGUCAGAGCAGUAGCUGCAGGUCCAGAGGUGGGUCCAGCACACGUGGUGCACGCACGCCUAGCUCAACACCGUCCGAAGAGGUCCGAAAACCUUUGUCAACCCCUAGAGUACCUUAUACGGGUCGUACGGAAGCUAGUAAAACUUGUAGAGCGGAUAAGUUGAACACUAGCACGGAUAACAAGGCUUUGGACACGUAUGCUACGUUGCCCAGAAGGAACAGGAACAAGAUAAGUAUCGUCAAGGUCAGUGAGAAAACGGACAAAGCCAUCAGAAGUAGAUCUGGAAGUAGAGACGUGAGCCUAAGUAGGCAGAUUGAGAAGAAGAGUGGAACCAAAGAGUCUUCGGGGCACAAGAGUUUGCCGCCCUAUCCUAGACACAAGACUGCCGAGAAGACACGUAUUUAUCACGAAACCAGUGUUCAAACUGGUCUGACCGGUCAUGACAUCGAGAACGCUUUGUCUGGGGUGCCAAGCGCCAUCACUGGGCCGGAAGUGGUUGAAAGAUUGCAUGAAGGAUGUCAAACGGAGGGCACGUGGGAGGACAUGCACACGAUGCAGAGUGACAUAAAACGGUUGAACGAAGAAACGUUGCAACAGAAAGAGGAGAAUGAGAAAUUGAAGGCUGAAAUCACUGAAGUGAAGCGUCUUCUUGAGGAAGAACAAGCCGACCACGCGUUUGCGCGACAGGAAUUGGAUAGAAAUGCACAACGAGUACUGGCGAUGCUUGGAACGCCACAAUCGGAGCAUACCGAAGGUAGCGAUAGCUUCCUGGAGCUCGAGUGUCAUUUGCAAUCGUCUGGACAAGUUGUUGCCAACCAACAGUUAGAAAUAGCUGAUUUACAGUCUUUGUGCCGUAUGUUGAGUAGGGAUUUGGAGAAAAGCCUGGCUGCCCAAAAGGCACUGCUACAGCAGCAGCAAGAACUUGAGGCAGAGUCGGCAGAGAUGCAAGAUUUUCUGCAAGAAGAGAAAGCUACUUUAGCGGAGGCUUUAAAGGAGGCUGAAACAGAGCUUGCGAAAAAGGAAGAGUUGUUAAGGAAACGCGAGUUAGAAUUAGAGAGGCAAACUGAAGAAUGCAAGCAUUUAGUACGAAUUAGCGAACAACGAAGACAAGAAAAUUUAUCUAUGAGCAUGAAAUUAAACGCAGUCGAACGACGAAGCAGGGAACUCUUACUCACACAAGGAGCUGCUGUUUCCGGAGCUGCGGUUGCACUUUCCGGUCUAGGGACUAGGUUAGAAGGAUUGGUAGAUCAACUAAUAACAUCCUAUAAUAUCUCAGUGAAAGACCUCGAAGAUGUAAUAUAUCACAAUGAAGCAUACAGUAGAAGCAAUAGUAGCAUAGAGUCAAGUCCCGUUAGCUCUAAGCAUAGUUUGAAAGAGGGUACACCUAGUCCAAAAAGCGGUUCCUUUGUUUCCGCGAUGAUUGGAGCUAUUCGGAAUGCAGCAACACAUCCUUUUGCAAUAAAAAACGCUGACAAAAAAUCUACCUUAGAAUCGGCCAAACAAAUGUACAAAGAACUGAGCAUGGAGUCAUCAUCUGACUUGCUCGAUUUUGAAACCGAGCCAUGCCUGAUGAUGGAAAGCGUGUUAGAGGAUGUUCCCCUGCCCGAUACGUACACGCAUAACAUGGUAUCGAGUAGCGACUCGCUCCGCAGAGCUUUAAGCUUUCCGGAAACUGUGGACGAAAGUAACCUCAAAAAGACGCGUACCAACGAGGAAUGUUCGAGUCUUACGAAUCUCACGCAAGCUAUUUUACAUCGUCGCAAGGUUGAAAACGAGGAGGACGAUGAUUGCGAUUCUAUUAGCGAAUCUGACACUGGCACCAAUGAUGGUCCGCUGGCCUCGGAUUACUGUUCUGCUGUCGGUCUUGUUGAUCAAGUUAUUGAUGUAGAUAAUCUUGUCACAAAAUUACUGAAAGUAUUGCGAAUAAUACAACUUGAUAACCACACAUGCAUACAGGAGAUGAAAGAGGAGAAAUCCGAAUUAGAAUCAAAAUUGGAGAUAACGGUGACGGAAUUGGAAGAGCUGCGUAAAAUCGUGGACAACUUACAUCAACCAGACGAAAUUCUAAGCAAUACUUCGGAUAGAAGGCGUAGCGUGAUGGAAAAUUGCCGUCUGCUAAUCAAAGAGGCGGGUAAGGAGGAAUUAAAAUUUGACGAGCCCGCAGUUGGUAAUAAUAGUGGCCCUGGAGGAGGUACAGACUGCGAAGAUCUCAACGCGAACGCAGCGGUUCAACCCCCUUCCUAAAAACAUGUCCUUUUUCUUAUUCUUAUUAUCCUUUUCUUUCUUUUGUUGUCGCCUAUUAUUUCUGACGAUAUAAAUCAUUGUUGACCCUGUUGUCUCCAUAAUCAUUUGUUGUUGAUGCCGAAAAGAGAGCUGCAUUAAAAAUUGCCCUAAUGCGUAUUGUUUGUGGAAAUUAAGCUGAACUGGCGCUCGGCAAUGUCCUGGAUGCCUGAAAAUUAAUCGCCGCGACAAUUCUAGCGUGAUUUUACAUCUUCCAAUUGCAAAAUCUGGCUGUAACCGUUGUGACAAUUAAUUUUCAUACAUCCUGUACAUGCAAAUUGUUUUUCGGCAGAUUAUAUCAAGGUGGUUAGAUAAUAUCGUAGUCUAUAAAUUGUAAGCAUUUUGCGUGUGUCGAAGUCAUGUACAGCUUUCUCCGUGCCGUCAUAUUAUGGAAGGUAUUCG